GCGGCUCGAUCGCUUCCUUCGGUCCGAUGGCAGCCCCCGGCACACACGCAGAAUGCGGCUACAUCCGCACGGUCUUGGGUCAACAGAUCCUGGGGCAGCUGGACAGCUCCAGCCUGGCUCUGCCCUCCGAGGCCAAGCUGAAGCUGACGGGGAGCAGCGGCCGCAGCGGCCAGGCGGCCAAGAGCCUGCGGAUCCAGGAACAGGUGCAGCAGACCCUGGCCCGGAAGGGCCGCAGCUUCGUGGGCAAUGGAAAUCUUCACCGAACCAGCAGUGUUCCUGAGUAUGUCUACAACCUACACUUGGUUGAAAAUGAUUUUGCUGGUGGGCGUUCCCCUCUUACCAAAACCUAUGACAUGCUAAAGUCCGGCGUAACCACCACUUACGAAGGUCACUGGGGGAGAGGAACUGCGCAGUACAAUUCACAGAGGUCAGUGGAAGAAAGAUCCUUGAGGCAGCCUCUGAGGAGACUGGAGAUUUCUCCAGACAGCAGCCCUGAGAGGGGUCAUUACUCACUCAGCGAAUACCAGUACAGCCAGAGGAGCCAGGUCGGCCACACGCUGCGGCACCAAGACAGCAGGAGGUCCACCCUCCUCAUGCCCCCGAGAUACGCGCGCUCAGAAAUUGUGGGUUUCACCUCGCGGCCCAUGAGCAGACAGCGCUACUAUGACACUUACCACAGACGGUACCAGUUCGGGUCUGUUAACGACAGUGUGUUUGACGGCCCCCCACCCAACCCAGUGGUGCUCACAUGCCCCAGGCCUGGGACCAGUCGCAGCAUGAGCAACCUCUUGGAGAAAGAGAACUACCUGAUUUCAGGGCCUGCCCCUGGGCAGGUCAGGCCUCUGGUGCCUCUGCAGCCCAUCACUCAGAACAGGAGCGCUCGGUCCUCCUGGCACCAGAGCUCCUUCCACAGCACCCACACGAUGCGGGAAGCCGGGCCCAGUGUCACUGUGGAUGCCGGCGGGCGGAGGACGCACAUGACCGUUGGCCAGGUGGCCGCAGGAGGAGGUGGGACCAUGCUCACCGAGAGAAGCACUUUCAGCGACUCCCAGCUCAGGAAUGCCGACAUGGAGAUGACUCUGGAGCGGGCAGUGAGUAUGCUUGAUGCUGACCACACACCGCCUGCCAGGAUUUCUGUGGCGGCCACCUUCAUACAGCAUGAGUGCUUCCAGAAGUCUGAAGCACGGAAAAGGGUCAAUCAGCUCCAUGGCAUCCCCAAGCUUCUGCAGCUCCUAAAAGUUCAGAAUGAAGAUAUUCAGAGAGCCGUGAGUGGGGCCUUGAGAAACUUGGUAUUUGAAGACAAUGACAACAAGUUGGAGGUAGCUGAACUCAACGGGGUACCUCGGCUGCUGCAGGUGCUGAAGCAAACCAGAGACUUGGAGACUAAAAAACAAAUCACAGGUUUGCUGUGGAAUUUGUCCUCCAGUGACAAACUCAAGAAUCUCAUGAUAACCGAAGCCUUGCUUACCCUGACUGAAAAUAUCAUCAUCCCCUAUUCGGGGUGGCCAGAAGGAGACUACCCCAAAGCGAACGGUGUGCUGGAUUUUGACAUAUUCUACAAUGUCACAGGAUGCCUAAGAAACAUGAGCUCAGCUGGCCCAGAUGGGAGGAAGGUGAUGAGAAGCUGUGAUGGACUCAUUGACUCACUGGUGCAUUAUGUCCGAGGAACCAUUGCAGAUUACCAGCCAGAUGACAAGGCCACAGAGAACUGUGUGUGCAUUCUGCAUAACCUCUCCUACCAGCUGGAGGCAGAGCUCCCAGAGAAAUAUUCCCAGAAUGCCUAUAUUCAAAACCGGAAUAUCCAGACUGACAACAACAAAAGUAUUGGGUGUUUUGGCAAUCGAAGCCGGAAAGUAAAAGAGCAAUACCAGGACCUGCCGAUGCUAGAGGAGAAGAGCAACCCCAAGGGCGUGGAGUGGCUGUGGCACUCCAUCGUGAUACGGAUGUAUCUCUCCUUGAUCGCCAAAAGUGUCCGCACCUACACCCAGGAAGCGUCUCUGGGAGCUCUCCAGAACCUCACGGCAGGAAAUGGACCAAUGCCGAUGUCAGUAGCACAGGCAGUGGUCCAGAAGGAAAACGGCCUUCAGCACACCCGGAAGAUGCUGCACGUUGGUGAUGCAAGUGUGAAAAAGACUGCAGUCUCUCUGCUGAGGAAUUUGUCUCGGAAUCUUUCCCUGCGCAAUGAAAUCGCUAUGUCUCCAACAAAGCAAGUAAGGCGGCUUCUGUUCUCUUAUAUUCUCUGUGGACGCACACGGAGCUCCAUAACGCCUACAAGAAGGCUCAGUUUAAGAAGACAGAUUUUGUCAACAGCCGGACUGCCAAAGCCUACCACUCCAUUAAAGACUGAGGAAAGUGAAAAAAUGCUCUCAGAAAUACCAACCUCACCCUUCUCGGCCACACACACACACACACACACACACACACACACACACAAAACAAAAAACAAAAAACAAAAAAACAAAACAAAAAAAAAAAAACCCAAAGGAAAACACCUAUUUUUCUACUUCCCAGUUCAAGAAACUUCAAGAACAGUAUGCCCUGUUUUUAUCCUUUUCUAUUUCCAUGGUCCUCCGAAUCCAGAAAACAAAUAAUCAGAAUAUGCUUUUAUUAGUCUUCCAGACUUUCACAGGUUUGCCACCAGAAGAUACCUGGCAACAGGCUAUUAACUGCCUACAAAUAGCAGUCUUUGUGAUCAGGGCUUACAGUGCAUGGCCUCCUGGAACCAAAAUGUGACUUCAGAUGGAUGGACAUUAACAGAAUAAAUAAGGAAAGAAGCUGUUGUAGUAUCACUAGGAUUUUAAAAGUUUAAUUUACAUUUGUAUUUUCUGGUUCUCAUGUUUUGUCACUCAUGUGCACAUCGCUUCACUGUUGAGUCAUGAGUAUAUGGUUCUCCAGUGUUGAAACAGAAUGGAAAUGAGGAAUAUUUCCUCAGUUAUCCAGGAGAAAAUGUAAUGGCAAAACUGUGUUGGUUUUUGUUUUUUACUCUGUGCUUGGUUUUAUCCUCCUGAAAUUUUUCUCUAAUUUUAAAUGAACUUAAGAAAUUUAGAUCACAGAGCAUGUGUGACUGUAAGAAAAGGAAUUGAAAGGUAAUGAUAGUAGCAGAUUUAAAAUCUUUUCCACAGAGAAAGGCAACUAUGGCUAUGAAACUUAGUGUUUCCUCUAAACACUGAGUAAAUGAGAUUUUUGCUCAAGGGAAUACUUUACCUAUAACAACAGCAUUAAAUGUAAAUCUCUUCUCAACAGUGGCAUUCAACGUAAUCUAUUUCCUGGACUUUUUCAGCCACAUCAAUGGGCUGCUGAAAGAAUGGACUCUAUAUUUAGCUACAAACAGAACCAAGGCCUCUCAAACUGCUGGGCCAGCCCAGGGCUCUGAAAGCACAACUCAUUUUAAUGAGUUAUGUUAUCAACCAGCCCAACUUUGCCUCACAUUUAAAAAAUAGCACAGAGCCACUAAGUCUGAUGUGAUCUUCCUCAAGCCAUUAUUUUAAGUCAAAGAAACUCUAGAGAAGAAAAAUGAAGAAGUCAUUUUGAGGAAGAAAUGUGUCUAGGGCGUCCAGAAGAGAGAUGAGAAGUACUAAUGUUAGUCUUCUCAACCACAGUUCUGAUAUACUUUACUUUAAAAAAAAAAGGAGAAAGAAAAGAAAAUUGACAGUGUUUGUUAUAAGAAAG